AUGAGACCAUCCUACUUCUUAAUGCGAAACCAGGACUAUGAGUUCAAGCCAGACGAACCUAAUGGGUGGUUUAACCUUGGAUCCAUUUUGACCAACCCAUUGGAGCCAGAGUCCCUAUUGGAAGAUUACUCAAUUAUCGCGCCUCGAGACUAUAUGGAGGUCAAACAUAUGCCUCAAGAAGACGUCAAAAUCAAGUUCGAGGAACUCAGAUCAUCUAAGAACGGGAUUUUCGCGAAAUUUCUCGAACUUUUAUCGGCCCCCUUAGGCCUCAACAUUAUGCACACCCAAGAUAAAGCAAUGACACAUGCUGUCUCGCUGGAAAAGCUCGAGACAUAUUUCAUGACACCAACAAAGUCAUAUCUUGAUAGGGUUCUUCGCUCCCCAGCUGUGCAGAAGUAUGUUCGUGAGCAUCUUUACUGCAGCUGCCCAUACAUUGUGACAGGCCUCCGAGUUGCUAUACAUGGCAGUGGGUUUGAUUUGAAAGAAAACUCUAAGAGAAGUGACCUUAAUCUCUCUGUUGAUGCUGCGGCCCCAUUCGGAGGCCAGGGCUUGCUGAAAUUUGGGCCGAGUGUCUGCCAUGAGAAUGGGCUAAAAUGGUCAAAAAGUCAUGGCAAUUCGCAUGGAUAUAUUUAUGCCUAUCGUGUGGCUAAGAUAUAUUUCUCAGUGCGCCAGAGCGCCCCUAAGCUGAGAAACCUCAAAGGCGAAUUGCUUGGCGUGAAUGAAGAGUUUCCUCAAGACUACCUGGAGGGGAAUGAGGCGUAUAUGUACGAAGCUAGGAUGCAGGAAGAUGAAUGGUUCCCGGCGACAGCUAUCUCCUACCAGUUGGAAGAUGAAUAUGGCGAUAUUAGGCUGUUUGUCCCCCCUCCGGCUUAG